AUACCAGCAACAUAGAUGAAGCUAUUCAGUCACGAAAUUGGUUGAUUUCCCACAGUUUCAUUCACUAGCUGUUGUUAGCUAGACAAAACACUGAAAUCUAAGAAGCUCUGAGUAGUUGGUCCGUUAUAGUAUAACCCUCCGCAUAAUUGCUAACUUACUUACAGAAGAUCGAAUCAGGCAUUUCGUCAAUUCCAUUUCCUCAUGAAGCGUGUUAGGCGUUUAGUUGUACUGGCAGUUCAACUUGCAAUCAUAGUAUGCACAAGUUAUCAACUGACAAAAUUACUUUUUCAAUUUAAAUGGAAGGAACAAUUCGGCUUAUCACGAAAUGAUGAUGGUUUCUCCUACAAUGUAUUACCACGUGAAAGUUAUUCAAGUUCAGCGCGUAAUUCAAAUCAGACCUAUUAUAUUGCAUCACAAAUGACGAGGUAUGAAAAUAAAAUUACACUCGGAUUUACUGAGAAAGAUCUUGAAAAAUUAUAUGAAGUGAAAUCUACUCCAUCUGCCGUGAGUUUUUUAGAAUGACUUUUCUACUAGAUUUUGAUGGUAAUUGCUUCAGUUGACAGGACUUCUCAUUUUGUUCUAUACAUUGUAUCAUAAUCACUCUGACCC